UAAUUUGUCUUCGGGGGUUGGGCCUUUGGGGUCCAUUCUGAUCCCAGGAUUAGUCGAACUGGUCCCUCCGAUCUCUUCAGUGGUCAACAUUUUUAUGGGUGUUCUCCUUAACUCCCUCACAGAUUUUGUGAUCAUUUAUUGAACAAUUCUUUUUUACCCAGAUCGCUGGUGAAGAACACUCCCGAAUUUAUUCGAACCUCGACGUCGACAUCCUUCAACAACACGGCAGAAGAUUUGGGACGUACUAUACAGAAUCUGCAUGAUGCUUCGAGCGAUCAACAUUUUCAUUCGAACGUGUCACGAACUGUGGUUGCGAGACGAGAAUGUGGUUCCGGAAGUCAUGAUUGAGGAUCUCACAUAUAGGUGUGAAAUGUACGGUACCAUUUUCAAUCCUCGCUACGUGCUUCUUGCCUUCCCCAUCGAGGCAGCGUCACUCUUGCCUGUUACGAAAACUUGGGUUAAAUCAGCAGUUACCAUCGUUAUCAUCACAGGCCUUGACUGCCCCGAUCAACAAUUUACACAAGGAAUAAGACUGGAAAGAUUGCACUCUCUGGACUACGCACAAAUCUGAGUUUGUUCUCUAUGCCGUGCGCUGCACAAUAUCUCCUUAAGUGUAUACGAGAAAUACAAAAGCAACAUUAAAAAGGGUAAGGAAACGAAA